AUGACAUUGAUGUCUGUGUGCUCUGACUGUCAUGUGAUUUGUGGGCAGGGCUCACAGGCUCCUCCCUAUGGGGGGCGUCUGGGAAUGGAGGACACACACCGCGUGGACUUGGCGUACCGGGUGGUGGCGGACCACAUCAGGACUCUGUCUGUCUGUAUCGCUGACGGGGUGUACCCGGGCAUGGCCGGAGCGGAGAUCGUUCUGCGUCACAUCCUGCGGAGAGCCGUCCGAUUCUCCUCGGAGAUCCUCCGAGCUCCUCCCAGAUUCCUGUCCACCUUGGUGCCGGCCGUGGUGGAGGUCCUGGGCGAUGCUUAUCCUGAACUGCACAGAGAGAAGUCACAGAUUGUGAGAAUUCUGGAUGAGAACGAGGAGGCGUUUCUAUCCUCCCUCCAGCGGGGGCGCCGCAUCGUAGAUCGGACUCUGCAGCAAGAGGGCGCCGCCAAAAUAUUCCCUGUGGACGUGGCGUGGUCUCUAUUCCGCAAUCUGGGCUUUCCUCUGGAUCUCGUUGGCUUGAUAUUGGAGGAGAGGGGCUCUUCCCUGGACAAGGCCGCCCUGAAGGAGCUCGCUGAGGAGGAGGAGAAGAGGAAGCUGAGGAAUCAGCAGGCGGAAGGGGCUGUAACUGGCCUGCAGCUGGACAUCCACUCACUGGCAGAACUUCAGCGCCGGGGCGUCCCGACCACCGAUGACUCCCCGAAAUAUCACUAUACCCUGGGGGAUGAUGGGAAAUAUGUGUUCACUCCCUGCCUGGCUACCAUCCUGAUGCUGUACAAGGACCAGUCGUUACACGGUGCGGUCAGCAGAGGUCAUCGCUGCGGGGUCAUCCUGGACCGGACCUGUUACUAUACUGAGCAGGGGGGCCAGAGCUCGGACCUGGGGUAUUUUGUGCGUGAGGGCGAGCAGGACGUUCUGUUUCCAGUGGAGUCCCUACACCUGGCGGGAGGCUACGUCCUCCACGAGGUCACCGCCACGGAAACCCUGAGGGUUGGGGAUGGCGUGGUGAUGUUCCUGGAUGAGGCGCAGCGCACCUCGUGUAUGGAGAAGCACACCGCCACCCACCUGCUGAACUUCGCCCUGCGUCAGGUCCUGGGGGAGAGCGCGGCACAGCGCGGGUCACAUGUCACCGCGGAGCGACUGCGCUUUGAUGUCAGUGUCACGGGGGCGGUGAGUGGUCAGCAGCUGCAGGAAGUGGAGAAGAAGCUCCGAGAUCUGAUUGGUCGGAAUCAGGAAGUUUAUACCGCCGAGAUCCCACUCGCAGACGCCAAAACUAUCCCGGGGCUUCGCAGCGUGGACGAGGUGUACCCGGAUCCGGUCCGCGUGGUCUCGGUGGGUGUCCCCGUCCCGGAAACGUUGGGUCCGGCCGCCCGGCACACGUCGGUGGAACUUUGCUGCGGCACGCACCUCGUGAGGACCGGGACCAUCGGGGAGCUCGUCAUCACCUCUGAAAAACCUCUGACCAAAGGGAUCGUCCGCCUCGUCGCCGUGACCGGAGAAGACGCCCGAGAGGCCCAGGAGACGGGACUCGCUCUGCACGGGGAGGUGGGAUCCAUCGCUGAGCGGAUGAAGAUGGCGGGGACGUCCUCCCUGGACGAGGCUCUGAGGUUGUCCAAGGAGGUCGGACAUGUGACGGAC